AGAGAGGCCACUGUCAAAUGAUAACAAGAAGAUUGGUCGUUAAAAUUUUUCCCGGAGAGGAAAGCGACGUCCAUUAAAUCAAGUUUUUAUUGCGUAAAUCAUGGUCUAGCUUGGUAGAUCUUCUUUGUGGCGAUACCCAUGGCAUCAAAUGUGCCGUAUAGCAAACAAAACGAACUGUUGAACUCGAGUUCGGAGGACUUAGACAACGAAGAAGAUGCCGAUAUAGCGUUGCGAACGAAAAAAUUCAAGAAAAAGGGGCGAAUUCCAAGACCGAUUGAGCCGAACGUCCAGGUACAAAAUGAUCAAGACUAUGCCGGAAAGAGCGGAGAAGUAAGUGAAGACAAGGAUCUAGGGUAUGGAGAUAUAUGGUCAGCAAAUAAGGUAAAACGAUUUCGACACAACAUUUCGUACAUGCGCGCGUGUGACUUAAAGUAACGGAUAACAGACAUUUUUUGCACGGAUGCUCCAAUGCAUUUGUCUCCGUUUUUUUCAUCACCAAUAUCCAACGCCUGGUUUCUUACUUGGUCUCUCACGUACACACUGUACAGUGAUCUUUAUUUAUUUAUGACUGACAAACUUUGUGUGAUAAUCCAAAGAACUUAAGAAUAAAGCAAGUCUCUAUCUCUAAAUAAUCGCAAACCUAAAAUAGCAGACUUAAAAAUCGCUGGAAACCGAAAGUCAUCAAUUUUUUCGGGUCAAUUCCACCAAAUUAUUGUCUUUUAUGUUGAACCUUAAUUGCUGGCUCUGUGUCUUCUGGCUCUUGUUAUGAUAAAAUUAAUUUUAAAUUCUCAAUAAACUUUAAAAUUAACAUACUAAAAUGUAAAUUUAAAAUUAACAUACCAAAAUGUAAAUAUAAAAUUAACAUUUCUGUUCUCUGUCCCUCUUUGUGUGGGUUGAUAUCUCACUUUGUUUUGCUCCUUUGAAGCUGAGGUGUCUUAAGUAGAGAGUUACCAAAGGGAACAGAGCUCCAGGAUCCACCUUGGUAACAUGCUACAAACAAUGUGGAGUUAUGCAAUAGAGAGUACAUUGAUUCAGUGAGAUGUUAAAAACUAGGUUUGCCCUAACCACACUAGUACCUUGUUACUAGGAAAUGUCAUAACCGUAGUUAAUAGGAAAUGUCAAAACCAACCAGAACUUGUUCUUUAAAGGUUAUUAGAUCUAGAGGAAGCAUCUGAUUCUCCUCAAAAUGAAAAUAUUUAAAAAGAUUGGCCUACUGUCUGUUUACAUGUACCUUCUGUCAUGAUUACAACAACAUCUUCAAAGGUUACAAAAAGACAAAAAAGUAAUAAUGUCUGAGAAACACCAGGGUAAGUAAGAUGAAUUAUCCUUGAAGGGGCACAUUUUAAGGGAGGUUUGGUUGGGAGACUCCUAGACCCCUUGUAGCUGUAGAUGUGUCACUGCCUCCCUUUCUCUUGAUAUCCUAGUGGGCGGUAGCUAAAGCUGGCUGAAAGAUAAUAAAGGUAGCUCUUUCCCCACUGCCCUCGACUUAUUUGCUUGCCUUCACUCCAUGCCUUUGCACAACUGCUGCUGAACCAGAAGGGAACAGUUAAGAUUGGUCUGCAGCUUAUGGUCUUUAAACCAUGAUCUGUUCGAGUUAAAAAUCCUAUCAUUUUUUUACUGACAUUGAUAAAGACAAAAAUUGUACACAUUAUGGCAUAGCAACCUUUUAAGGUAUCAAGCACAGGGAGCUAAAAGGGGAGAGGUGGCACAAAUAAGGGAAUAUACUUCCUCCAGGGUUUGAAUUUCUUAGUAUGCAACAUAACACAUUUUGCAUGUGUUAUUGACAGCCUGACAGUUCAGUGUAGUCAGAUUGUGCAGGUUAUAGACUGAAUUUAAUACAACUAUCAUAAAAUUUUAAAUUAUUAUUUAGUAUAGUCUCAGUGAUGGUAACAGUUAUAUUCUGACAGCAAAAACAAAACAGUUUCAAAAAUAUUUUCAUGGCAAUAGUGUGAAAAUCUAAAGAAAAAUCAUGACUGUUUCUUUACAUAAUUGUUGGACUAAAUAAAGUGAGUGGAAAAGUCAGAUUUUCACCAUUUAGGAGCAGUGUGUAUUAAGAAAAUUUAAAUUUUAGUUGUUUAAAUAUUAUAAUUACUUUCCUAAAGGAUAAAAACCUUUUUAGAAAAUUUGCUUUGACUAUAGAACAUAAGUUGUUAAUAAGAUCCAGCAAACAGAUAGGAGGCAUCCAGAACUUAAUACUAGUGAAUAUUUGAUAAAAAUUUUUUAAUAUUAAGCAUUUAGCAUCAUAACAAUAUUUUUUCAGUGAAGAUCCCUCUCUUGGUAAAUUAUACUUUCAGUUCUUAAUACUGUGUAUAAUUCAUGAUGCUAGUUUUAAAUAAAUAAUGAGAAUUCUGAGAUAUGUCAUUUACUUAAAUUGUGCAUUGUAAGCUUGGCUUUGUAUUGAAACAUUAUUUCUGUAUUUAAUUAAUUAAUUUUUUUCACUGCAUUUUGGUCUUAUGUCUGGAAAGACAAAUAAUAGAUUUUUGCAUUUAAUGAAAGAGGCAAAAUGUAUAAUUAUGUUAUUAUAUCAAGGUAUCACAGAAGGUAAAAAUCAUUUUUUUAAUUACUUGAAAAUAUAACAUCUAAAAAUGAAAAAGAUCUUUCAACUUCUUAAAAUUUUAUUUUGGUAUCUUUUUUACUUCAGGAGAUAAAAAGGAAGAAGUAAUUUGAGAGUAGAACAAAAGGUGUUAGAUUGUUGACACUUCAUGUCAAUGUCAUUACGUAACCAACGAUUUCCACUGCUGAUUUACUAUGCACACUAUACAGUUUUGUACAGUUGCAAAAUUGGUUAUUCAUUGUCAAGUCUACAUCAUUUCUUUCCAAAAGCUAGAGAGAUUGUUUUUGCUACUCAAGUGUUGUUUUCAAGCUGUUGUCAUGUCCAAAAGUGACAAGUCCCUUUUGCUGUUGUGGAUAAAGGAAAAUUUAUUAGCAGUUUGCAUUGGAGCAGAAUAUUGUUCACUGAUAGUGAUAGGGUCUCCUAUCAGACUUCAGAGUUGCAGUGGCCAGAGUCUAUUUCUAUCGAAAUUGCCAUAGACUUAAGUUUGCGAAAAAUAUUGCCAGUAGUAAAUCAUCAUUCAGGCAGCAUUGCACUUCAAGCAUCAAUCGUUGAAAAGCUGGGUUGUGUUUCCAGUGAAGCUUUCCUUCCUUUGCUUGAUCUCUUCUUUCCUCUUUUUGCUGGUUGAAGCACCUUCCAUUUCGACAUAGAUAGCUACAUAUUCACAUGUGCUACACUUAACCUUCUCGACAUAAUUCCUUACAAAUUGUGUUAGGUCUUUGCUCUCUAGCAUGCAACAGUGCUGACAAGCAGAACAGUGUCAAAGGGCUUGCUUCAAUGUGAUUGCAAAACAGCCUUCCCAGUUGUGAAGUGUAGACACAUUUAUGAAAUUUCAAGUUUCUUUUCCUGGUUAAGUGUUUUGGUUUGAGUUCUAAUCUCUCAACAGUUUAUUCUUGGCUGAUAUUCAGUUGGUUUUUCGUGAAACUUGAAGAUAAUGUUGGAAGUAUAGGUAAUGAACCCCAAAAGGAUGUCCUGGAUUUUAGAUUUUUUCCUUUUUUUCUUGAGAUAUAGCAUCUACAAUAAAAACUUUGUUCAAAAGCACUACUUUAAAGUUUAAAAAAUGAUUAAAAAAUAAUCAGAUAUUAAAAUAAAAAUACCAGACACACUUUUUUAGUUCAAUAUGUGCAGAUCAUAACAAAGAAACAUGUUGAUCAAAAUGCAUUUUCAAAAUAAACUUGUCUUCUAGAACUUCUCAGCAUGAAAGAAUAAGCUCCCAUUCUGUUCAGUGGUAAAAAUUAUGAAAUGAAAUGAAAUAUCAGAAUUCAGUGUUUAAUAAGCCACAAGAGAAUCUGUACUUUUACAGGGAUACUAUGCAUAAUUUUCACACCAUCUCAGUUUAAAUGAAAAUGCUAGUUUUCCUUUGUGAUACCUUAUGAAUUCCUAUCAUCAAAUAAUUGGCUUGAUAUCAGAAUUCAAUUUCAAGCAAAAAAUUAUUUUGCUGAAGACUGUUUCAGGUCUUCUCAGUAGUAUAUGUUGUGGUUAAAUUUUAUUCUUGGUUCAAAUUUUCUUUUCUUUUAUUUUUUGGGUAUUGUAAUGCAUGAUAAUGAGUUUGAAUGUGUAUGUGAGUGUAUGUAUGUUGUGAUUCAGUUUCAUCCUUGGUUCAAAUUUUCUUUUCUUUUAUUUUAGAGUACUAUAAUGUAUGAUGAUGAGUUUGAAACAAAGGGAAAUAAAAUUUGAACCAAGGAUAAAAUUGAAUCACAACAUAUACAAUAUUACUGUGGUGAACACUUGGUUGCACUUAGAUCAAUGCUGAGAUUUUUUACGUGCCUUGUAACCUUAUGGCUGCUGAGGUCUGUAAAAUCAGUCAAUUACUUGAGAAGUAAUGGGUUUAAAGUGAGCUUACCAUCUGACAAAUAUGUAAAAAUAACUGUAUAUUGGUAGCACUAUCAUUUAGUGUGAUCCUACUAUUUUUUUUUAUAGUUCCAAGCCUCUUCAAGUUCAUUUGGAGCAAGUUCUGAAAGGAGGAAGACUGAAAGCGUUGGGUAUGUGUGAAAUUGAUGAAAAAGCACAAAAAGUGAAAUUAUCUACAAGUAUUAAUUCAAACUCACCCUCAAAAGUGAUGGUUGAUUUGCUGUUCUCCAUUCCUUUAUAGUGGGUUAAAGUGAAAACAUUCUCAGGACUAUUUGUAGUUGUUAUUUGAACCAUAAUAACUUCCAAAAAGAAAUAUGGUUUGGUUGUCAACUGUUGGUAGUCUUUGGGCUUUCUUAUGGAUUACAAUAAAAAAGAGGAAAUUAUGUGUUAACAAAACUAAAAAAAAAAAACCAGUUUCAUUUAGAGAGUUUAAUAUAAAGUAUAGCAAGAGAAAAAAAAACUUAUCAAUGCAUGUUUCCUCAAAUAUAAAAUAACAACUCUUUUUGUCAGUCAUAGUUAUCAUGUUGCGCCUUGACUUAGGUUUUAAUUUUUUACAGUGCAAGUUCGUUUGGAUUUGAUUCUCAAGAAGAUGUAAGUGGUUUCAAGAAAGAAACACUUUUGUAAGUAUAUACUUUUCUUAUAUAUAAUCUGUAUCAGAGUCAUAUAAUUUGCAAAAUGUGUAGUUGUUUCUGAUUGAAUUGGCCAAUGAUGAAUCUAGUAUAGUAAGGUUUUUUUGGUGUUAUGGUUUUUAAAGGCAUUGCCUUCAUUUGUAAUAUUUGAAUUGUAAUAUGUGAAGUGACAGUUAAGAAUAUAUGAAGGUCAUAUAUUUGAACUGCGGAUAAAGACAUGAAUGAAAGUGAUCUUCACAGUGAUGUGCACUACUUAGGCAGUAGUGAAAAUAAGGCCUGAAAAAAAUUCAGGCCUGUACGGGAUUUGAACCCAUGACCUCUGCGAUACCGGUGCAGCGCUCUACCAACUGAGCUAACAAGCCAACUGGGAGCUGGUCAUGAUGGUGGUUCUAAAUAAACCCGUGAAGUGAUGAAUAGACGGUUAAGAAUAUAUGAAGGUCAUAUAUUUGAACUGCGGAUAAAGACAUGAAUGAAAGACCGUCAUUCAUCACUUCACGGGUUUAUUUAGAACCACCAUCAUGACCAGCUCCCAGUUGGCUUGUUAGCUCAGUUGGUAGAGUGCUGCACCGGUAUCGUAGAGGUCAUGGGUUCAAAUCCCGUACAGGCCUGAAUUUUUUUCAGGCCUUAUUUUCACUACUGCCUAAGUAGUGCACAUCACUGCGAAGAUCACUUUCAUUCAAAUAUGUGAAGUGUUUGACACCAUCAAUAAUUGUCAAAAGAGUGUUAUUGAACCAUUGUUAACUUGUGAACUUUGUUGGCAUCAUGUAUAUCAAGUGUGAGAACUUAAUUGUGAAAUAGUUUCCUAGACUUAACUCGGAUAUUCUCUUGCAUUGUUUUCUUGGCAGUUGGUUAAGACAUCCCAGAAUUAAAGAAAAUUGGAAGACUGUUACAGCUGCCUUUUUGUUGUUUGUGGCUGGAAUUGGUGUGUAUAUAAUUAUUUUUAUUUUUCAAAAAGUAAAAGUCUUCAUUAACCAAACUGUGUUCAAGUUGGUAGAGAAAUAAAUAGUAAGAACAAUUUUAAUUAAUAUUUUAAAGAAUAUUGUGUCCUUUCUAUAAGUAAGAACUUUUGGGUUUGAAAGAAUGAUUUUAAUAACAUGGGUCAUCCUAUUUACUAUCAUUAUUGCCUUUUUCUUGCAAACUGCUUUACCCUUAUUUGAUGGUGUGGACAGCAUGGUAGGCUUUCAAUCAGUGGAUCCUGGGUUUGCAUCCUGCUUUCACCAUCAGAUGAAUUUGUUUUGUUUUGUUUUGGUUUUUUUUUUGGAGGGGGGUGGCAAACCUUAGUUCAACUCCUCAACCAUGUCUGUAAAUAGCAAACUGAUUUACCUCCUGCCUUUUAUGAUUUAUUAUGGUAAUUGUGUUGUAAUAUCUGUGGCGAGCAGUUUUAAUCAGUGGGCCUGAGUGACAACUACAAGGCCAACAGUAAAUCUGUCUGAUAAAGUUGUUUUGUUUUUAUACAAUGCAAAUUUACCUUUUUCCCUUUCUUCUUCCUCUUUUCCAGCUUUCCUGUUAGCUGGAAUAAUCCUUGCUGCUACAAGAGAGGAUGGUUUGUAAUUUUAUGAUUUUCAAAUAGCUCUUAUCAGUCCACCCUUCUUCCCCACAAUAAGACUUUAUUUAAGGACCACUUUAAACAGGGCAAUGCAUUGCAAGCAUGUCAUAAAAUAAGGAUGCACUUUGGUCUGAAUGAUUUGUAAUUGAUCAUUGGUUCUGAACUUGAUCACACACAAAACUUAUUAAAAUGGUAAAAAAUCCCAACAGACCAAGUCAAACAAGAAAAAGAAACUUUUCAUUAACUCUUUUACUGUAGGCAGAAAGAUCACUGAUUGCUUAAUAUUACCACUGAUGGUUAUUUUUUGAUGUGCAAUCAUGGGCAAAUGAAACUAAUAUUUUUUUGGUUUGUCUUAUCCAGGAAUGAAGAUUGUGAUAUUUUUUGUUUGUGCUGCUAUUUGCAUUCUCCCUGGAGGUAAUUGGUGAUUGCCCUCAACCCUUAUAUGAACUUUAUACCUACACUUCCAUCUUUACUUUGUACUCUGGGGCCCUUAACGCUGUAUUACUAAAUUUGUGAAUUCUUUUGUUUUGCAGGAUAUCACAUAAUUUACAUAUACAGAGCUACUAAAGGUCAAAGAGGAUAUAACUUUGAGAGUAUACCCUCAUUUCAGUGACAUAGAAUAUAACUUUUUUAUGGCUGAUUAAUGACAUUACAAAAUAUUGGGUGAUAAUUGUUAUUGGUGGUCAGAAUAAUGAAAUCCCAGAAUUGGAUAGGUUCAGAACCCUUGAUCAAGAAAGUCUCUGUAUUGUGUUGCACUAAAACUAUUAAAAUGAAAAUGAUGUGUUAUUUAUUAAAUCCUGAAACUUUUAUGGAAUCCAGUAUUGGCUAUAUUGUGAAAUACUACUUGAAGUUUCUUUGAGUAUGUUUUUUAUCAUGAUAAUUGGUUAGAAUCUGCCAGGCUGUCACGACUCUAAUAAAUUGAGCUGCCCCAGUGGCAUUCAGAUUUUGAAAAAUCUCUACAAGCUUCCCUUUCAUCUGCGAACAGGGAAUGCAGAGAAAGACUCCAUGGGCUAAUUAGCAUGACUUCAUUAGUUUUUCCUUUUUCAUUUGGUUUGAUGGUACUUACUCCUUUGUGUUCACAAGGUAAAGGCAAAAGACUGUUUUUGGUGGAUCAAAAUUAAACCAAUAUAUCAAUAUCCCAACUAUCUUUGGUUGAAAAAUUAUACAGCUUACAAGAAAGCGUUUAAAUAUUGCAAUGUUAAAAUAAUGUACGAGGGCCAAACUUUGUGUAAUAACCUAAUUAAUGGAUUUAUUAACUUUAAUAUUGUUUUCUUCAUGACUUUUUGGUGUUAUGGUUUUUAAAGACAUUGCCUUCAUUUGUAAUAUUUGAAUAAUAAUAUGUGACUUGUUUAACGCUGUCAAUAAUUAUCAAAAGAGUGUUAUUUAUAUUUAAUCCUUCAUGUCAAAUCAAACAAAACUGUUUAUUUGUUUUCACUGCA